AUGUCCAAGAUAAGUGAAACCUCAUUUAAUGAAUUUUGUGGCGGCGUGAUAUUUGAUGAGACGCUGCUACUGAAGAGCGACUGGCCUCACUUCACCGACUGUUUUCAGAACUCCGUUCUCGUGUGGGUACCGUGCGCCUGGCUGUGGAUAACUCUGCCCGUCUAUCUUCACUAUCUCGCCACACAACAUGGAGUUGCUGUUCCUGUUAAUUUACUCAAUACAGUCAAAACAUUUUGUGGUUUGUUCUUGUUUCUGCUGUCGACGAUAGACUUGAUACGAGCAGGAAGUGACAGUAAGAAGGGUCAUGUCGCCGGAGUUGUUUAUGUAUCAGCUGGCCUCAAGGCAGGAACCUUCCUGAUUGCGACUGUUUUGGUUCAGAUAGAAAGAAGAAAAGGCAUCAUCACGUCGGGAAUUCUCUGGAUCUUCUGGCUUUUGAUGUUCAUAGCAUCCAUUAUUCCUUUCUACUCAAAAAUCAAACUAGAGGAGUACGAUGAAAACCUGUUCAGCUUUGCCUUGUUCUACAUCUAUUUUGCGUUCAUCAUGUUCGGGCUUUUCCUGCAUUCCUUCGCCGAGAAGAUGACGAGAGCGGGCUACUAUGCCUUGGGUCAAAAACCAUCCCCAGAACAAGAAGCGUCUUUUCCAAGCAGGUUAACAUUUCACUGGAUAAACAGUCUUAUUUUCCGUGGAUACAAGAAGGAGUUGCAGGAAGAUGAUUUAUUUGAGUUGCACCCGAGAGAUAAGAGUGUUCGAGUCGUUCCACAGUUUUCCAAAGCCUGGGAAAAAGAACUGCACACUGUUCGUAGACUUAAUGAGCAGUACAAGAAGCGACAAUCAAGGCUGGUGAGUCACUAUCAAGCCUCCAUGUCCAACAGCUACAAAUCAUUUUCAUCAUCCGAGAGAACACCACUCCUUGGAAACGGAUCCCAGAAAGAAGAGGUCACAUUCAAGGGAGAUAAGUCAGACAAGAAGAAGCUGAAAGAGGCCUCUCUGUUUAAAGUGCUCUGUAAAACUUACUUUUUGGAAAUUUCAAAAGGAUGGCUGUGUAAACUGACUCAGGAUUUUAUUCAGUUCCUGGGUCCAAUGGUACUCAAUGUUCUCAUCAACUAUACCCAGAAUAAGGAGAACGAACCGCAGUGGAAAGGCUACGUAUUGGCGAGUUCGUUUUUCGUGAUCACAGUGACGCAGUCGACGUUCUUUCACCAGCACAAUCACAUUGGGAUGUCUCUCGGCAUGAGAAUCAAGUCUUCUCUCAUCUCGGCCGUUUACAAAAAGGCCCUGACGAUCAGCAAUGAAGCUAAGAAAACAUCGACAGUUGGUGAGAUCGUGAACCUGAUGUCGGUGGACUGCCAGCGGAUCCAGGAUGUGACCGGAUUUCUGUGGAUGUUGUGGUCCGCUCCCCUCCAGAUUUGUCUGGCCCUCGCUCUACUAUACAACACGGUUGGCUCGUCCAUGUUUGCUGGGCUUGCCGUCUUGAUUCUCCUCAUUCCCAUUAAUGGAGUCAUGGCCAUGAAGCAAAAACAACUUCAAGUGAAGCAGAUGAAGUUCAAAGACAGCCGAAUUAAAGUGAUGAAUGAAGUCCUAAAUGGAAUGAAGGUGUUGAAGUUGUACGCGUGGGAGCUCUCGUUUCAAGACAAAAUAUUGGAUAUCCGAACACGGGAACUGAAUGUUCUGUUGAAGGCUGCUUACCUCAAGGCAGUUUCAACGUUUAUUUGGACGUGUUCUCCAUUCCUGGUAACCUUGGCAACAUUUACAACCUAUGUUCUGACGUCGGAAACUGGUUUUCUGGACGCCCAGAAGGCUUUUGUAGCUCUGUCAUUGUUCAACAUUCUUCGUUUUCCCAUCACUCUGUUGCCGAUGAUCGUUUCCAAUGUCGUUCAGGCAAGUGUGUCUUUAGGACGUAUUGGGAAAUUCCUUCGACAGCCAGACCUGGAUUUCGAUUCCGUCAUUCAUGACGCUUACAGUGACAGUGCCAUCUCUGUGAGAAAUGGAACGUUUACGUGGGACAAAACGAUGCCACAUCCAACACUGAAAAACAUCAACAUAGAAAUCCAGGAUGAGAAACUGUACGCAGUUGUGGGUCAGGUCGGAUCGGGGAAGUCUUCGCUUAUAUCAGCUAUUCUUGGAGAGAUGGAGAACAUUGAGGGCAAGGUCGUCAUCAAGAGUUCUGUAGCGUACGUGGCCCAGCAGGCGUGGAUUCAGAACGCGACUGUGAGAGACAACAUUCUGUUUGGGAUGCACUACAACGCUGAGAAAUACGAUCGCAUCAUCGAGGCUUGCGCCCUGAAACCCGACCUUGACAUUCUUCCUGCAGGUGACCUCACAGAGAUCGGAGAAAAGGGAAUAAAUUUGAGUGGUGGUCAGAAACAGCGAGUGAGUUUGGCGCGAGCGAUCUACAGUGAUGCGGAGAUCUUCCUGUUGGAUGACCCGCUCAGUGCCGUGGACUCGCACGUGGGGAAACACAUCUUCAACCACGUCAUCAGCAGUAAGGGACUGCUCAAGAAUAAGACCCGGAUCCUGGUAACUCACGGCGUCCACUGGUUGCCGAUGGUUGAGAAGAUCAUCGUGAUGGUGGACGGCCGAGUCUCGGAGCUCGGUUCCUAUGAUGAGCUGCUGUCACAUGAUGGACCAUUCGCUCAGUUCCUCAAGACGUAUUUCACCCAAGAGGAAGAGAGUGAUGAUGAUAAGGAUGAAGAUCCUGAAAUUCAAGCUAUCAAGUCGAAGAUUCUCGAGAGAGUUGAUUCAGUAACGUCCGAUACUGCAGCCACAUCAGGAGAUGAAGCUGGUGCUAAAUCUGUGAGGAGGGUCAAGCGAGCUAAAAAGAAAACCGAAUCAGAGGAUAAAACGAAAGUAAAAGACUUGGUAAAACCAGAUGACAAGGGAGAUAAACUCAUUCAGAAAGAGACGUCGGAGGCAGGAAAGGUGAAGAUGUCGGUGUACAUACAGUAUGCUAAAUCCGUUGGCUACGUGAUGUCGUUGGUCAUUGUCUUCUUGUACGCAGCAUUCCAGGCGAGCAGCGUCUACGCCAACAUCUGGCUGAGUAACUGGACGGACGAUGACUUGCUGAAGAACACGAGUCGGUGGAAUACGUCGGAGUAUCAGAACAAAAACGCAAUGUAUCUCGGAGUCUACGGAGGUCUCGGUCUCACUCAGGCUCUUAUUGUUCUAUUAUUCGCCGUCCUCACCGCCAUACAAACGGUGCGAGCGGCGGGCAGACUGCACCAAGCCAUGCUGACCAACAUCAUGCGUUCGCCGAUGAUGUUCUUUGAUACGACCCCCAUUGGCCGGAUCCUGAACCGGUUCUCACGUGACGUGGAGACCAUCGACAACAACAUGCCGUUCGUCGUCAGGAUGUGGAUCAACACGAUAUUCUCCGUUAUUAGCACCUUCAUUGUCAUCAGCUACAGCACGCCCAUCUUCCUCGUCGUGAUUAUCCCCCUUGGACUCUUCUACUGGCUAAUUCAGCACUUCUACAUUCCUACCUCUCGACAGCUGAAGAGGAUAGAAUCUGUGACGAGAUCCCCAAUAUAUUCUCACUUCAGCGAAACCGUGACGGGUGCUUCCACCAUACGAGCUUUUGGUGUCUCUGAGAGGUUCUUUAAAGAAUCACAAGCUAAAGUGGACAAAAAUCUUGUCUACUAUUUUUGUGGAAUAGCUUCAAACAGAUGGCUGGGCUGGCGUCUGGACUUUCUAGGAAGCAUAGUAAUACUAGCUGCAGCGGUUUUCGCCGUCAAUGACGAUGGGCUGGAGGGCGGACUCGUCGGUCUGUCAAUCACGUACGCUUUACAGGUGACGGCCACUUUAAAUUGGAUGGUUCGGACGACCUCUGACCUUGAAACGAACAUCGUGUCGGUGGAAAGAGUGAAAGAAUAUUCUGAAACUCCGACAGAGGCUGAAUGGGAGAAUCCAUUCAGACGUCCUCCUCAAGACUGGCCGCAGAAAGGAGACAUCAACUUCUUGAACUACCAGGCUCGAUACCGACCGGGUCUUGAUCUCGUCAUCAAGGGAAUAACGUAUGAUGUCCAGGGAGGGCAGAAGAUUGGAAUCGUGGGAAGAACAGGUGCGGGAAAGUCAUCAAUGGCCGUUGCAUUGUUUCGUCUAAUUGAAGCAGCCGGUGGAAGUAUUGUAAUUGAUGGGCGGAGAGCAUCUGACAUGGGACUUCAUGAUCUCAGAUCUAGACUCACCAUUUUACCACAGGACCCGGUGUUGUUCUCUGGCAGCCUGCGAAUGAACCUGGACCCGUUUAACCUGUACACUGAUGAGCAGAUCUGGACGGCUCUGAAACACGCUCACCUCAACAAGUUUGUCAGCGAGCUGCCCACAACCAUCGAGUACGAGUGUGGCGAGGGAGGACAGAACCUGAGUGUUGGACAAAGGCAACUUGUGUGCCUUGCUCGAACUCUUCUCCGUAAAACCAAGAUUCUCGUUCUCGAUGAAGCAACGGCUGCGGUUGACAUGGAAACGGAUGACCUCAUUCAACAAACUAUAAGAACAGAAUUCAAGGACUGUACAAUUCUGACCAUUGCUCACCGUCUCAACACAAUCCUAGAUUAUGACAGAAUUCUUGUGCUGGAUCAAGGUUUGAUACGAGAGUACGACACUCCCGACUCUCUUCUUAAAGACAGGAAAUCGGCGUUCUACGCAAUGGCUAAAGACGCUGGACUCGUGUAGAAUACUGCCGAGAAAUGAUCACAGACUCGUAUACAAUCAGUACACUGUGUGAUAUUUGUGAUAUUAAACAGAAAUACCCAGCAUAUUCAGCAUUCUACACAAUGGCCAAAGACUCGGCACUCGCGUAGAAUAGAUUACAGACAUCUAUACGCCAUCACAAGUUUUAUAUCUUUUGCACAUGGUGGGGAGAACAGUGUGUGAUAUUUGUGAUACUAAACAGAAGUACCCAGCAUAUUCAGCGUUCUACACAAUGACCAAAGAUGCUAACUGGUGUAGAAUACUGCAGAGAAAAGAUUACACUCUUUUAUACACCAUCACAAGUUUUAUAUCUUUUACACAUGGUGGGGAAGACUGUGUGUGAUAUUUGUGAUACUACACAGAAGUACCCAACAUAUUCAGCAUCCUCUGCAUUGGCCAAAGACGGUAUGUGCGACUCGUAUAAAAUACUGCUGAGAAACGAUUACCGAUUUUCAUACACAAUCAUCAGGUUUAUAUCUUACACACAUGGUGGGGAGGAUCCAGUGUAAUAUUUGUGAUAUCAAAUGGCAAUAUCAGACAUAUUUUGAUGUUCAGUUUACAUUCAUUUGAUUGGCUGUUUCUUUUUUCUUCUUUUUGGCUGUUUCAUGGUCGUAAAUAGAGGAUACUCCCCUCGUGUCUUGUGAUAUCAUAAUUUAUCAGAACAAGUUGAUAAUAAUAUGAAAUCCAAGGCUUGCCGAGAAUUUUUAUACUUUUGUCAACGAGUGCUGAUAAAUUAUAAUAUCACAAGACACGAGGGGCUAUUCUUUUUAUCAUCCAUUAUCAUUCUUUUCAUUUGUGACGAUUGUAAACUAUGUCAGUAUUGUGGGUUGAAUGUUCUUAUAUUUGGCAGCAGUAGACUCGUUAACUAGCAGAAUGACAGUGCCGUGACAUCACUAAUGAUAGGUUUAGCGCUGAAACACACACAGUGAAGUAACAAAAAGAAGCGAUAUCUCCUAGGAGAAUAUUGCAGGAGAUAUCGCAAAUUAUAGUGCCAGCAAUAUCUCCUACGUAAGCCUUUAAUGGUUGGUAAAGUAUUAUAUAUGUAAUAAAACCAUCUACUGAAAUUAAAACAAUGGAAACCAAUUGCUAUCUAUGAAUUGAAAAUGCUAUAAAUAAGUAUGUAUGUACAUGUAAAUGAAAGAUAUGUUUAUAUUUCUUUUAAAUCUGGGUGUUUUUUUGAGGCUAUAUUUUAAGCCUUGUGUUUGUUAUAUACAAUUUGAUCUUUAAGUUUCAUGAUGGAAAAUAUGUUUAUAUUUCUUUUAAAUCUAGGUUUUUGAGGCUAUAUCUUAAGUCUUGUGUAUCUUUAAGUUUCUUAAUGGAAAAUAUGUUUAUAUUUCUUUUAAAUCUAGUUUUUUGAGGCUAUAUCUAAAGAUCAAAUUGUUAGAUACAAUUUGAUCUUUAAGUUUCACAAUGAAAAAUAUAUUUAUAUUUCUUUUAAAUCUAGUCGGUAUCAUGUUGUGCAUCUUCAUAAAUCAAGGCUAA